UUUCUCUUUCUCUUCUAUGCGCUCUUGCAGAAGAGAGAGAAAAACAAGAAACUUUCUCGCAUCUCGUCACACUCUAAAUAUCCAACCUCCUUUUUGUUGUUGUUUCUCUUUUUAAAGAUUCAGAUUCAGCGUUUUACAUAUCGCUGAGUUGUUUGGCUAUUUUUUUUAUUCUGACGGCGGAGAUUGGAUAGAUCGAGGUAUGCAGCAGAAUCAGACGGUGUUGAGCUUAAGACCUGGUGGUGGUCGAGGGAACAGACUCCUUGGUGGUUCUUCAUCCUCUUCUUCUUCUUCUUUAUCCUUUGGUUCCCUUUCUUCUGACCUUCCUCUUUUUCGUCCCCACGGCGGUGCUUCUCCUUCGUUUUCCAUUAAGGCUGGAGACUCACGAUUUGAGGGACGAGAACGAGUGCGGUACACAAGGGAUCAGCUUCUACAGCUUAGGGAGCUGGUAGAAGCUUCUGAUGAGAUUCUUAAAAUCAAACGGGAAAUUGAAGUGGAACUCUUUGGUGAAGAUCAGAACUGGAGUCGUAGAGAAAGCAAUCCAACGAAUCAGAGUCAAACUCGUUACUCUGAGCCUGACAAUCGUGAUUGGCGUAACCGCCCAGCACAGUUUCCUUCUACUGGAGAGGAGAGGUCUUGGGAGUCACUACGGGAUAGAGAAUCUGGAAACCAAUAUGAAGAAAAUCAAUUUAAUCGUCAAGAUCAACUCAACUCGCAGUUCUCGAGGGCUCAAUUCUCUUCUAACCAAGGGGGAGGACCAGCUCCAGCCUUGAUCAAGGCUGAGGUGCCAUGGUCAGUUAGAAGGGAGAAUCUUUCUGAGAAGGAGUGUGUUCUAAAGGCUGUAAAAGGAAUACUGAACAAAUUGACUCCUGAGAAGUAUGAUCUUCUAAAGGGUCAACUUAUUGAUUCUGGUAUCAUGUCAGCCGAUAUCUUAAAGGGUGUUAUUUCUCUGAUUUUCGACAAGGCUGUUUUGGAGCCCACAUUUUGUCCUAUGUAUGCACUUUUGUGUUCUGAUCUUAACGAUAAGCUCCCUUCAUUCCCAUCUGAUGAACCUGGCGGAAAAGAAAUCACUUUUAAGCGAGUCCUCUUGAAUAACUGUCAGGAGGCAUUUGAGGGAGCUGGCAAGAUCAGGCAAGAAGUGGGACAGAUGAUUUCUCCUGAACAAGAGAUGGAGCGUAGAGAUAAAGAAAGGAUAGUCAAACUUCGAACUCUUGGCAACAUCCGUUUAAUUGGUGAGCUUCUGAAGCAGAAAAUGGUGCCUGAGAAGAUAGUGCAUCACAUUGUACAGGAGCUUUUGGGUCCUGAUACCAAAGUUUGUCCUGCUGAGGAAAAUGUUGAAGCCAUUUGUCAGUUUUUCAACAUUAUUGGUAAGCAGCUUGAUGAGAGUCCAAAAUCACGGCGUAUAAAUGAUGUCUACUUCAACAGACUGAAGGAAUUGACUACAAAUCCUCAGCUUGCACCAAGAUUGAGAUUUAUGGUUCGUGAUGUUCUUGAUCUGCGUGCAAACAACUGGGUUCCCAGACGUGAGGAGAUAAAAGCCAAAACAAUUACAGAAAUCCAUUCGGAAGCUGAAAAAAAUCUUGGGCUUCGUCCAGGCGCUACUGCAGGUAUGAGGAAUAGUCGUGUUGUUUCUGCUGGUCCAGUGAGUCCUGGUCCUGAGGGGUUUCCUAUCAAUCGUCCUGGUAGUGGGGGUAUGAUGCCUGGAAUGCCAGGAACUAGGAGGAUGCCUGGGAUGGACAAUGAUAAUUGGGAGGUUCCCAAAACCCGGUCAAUGCCAAGGGGUGAUGGACAGGGUACACAGCCUGGAGGGCGUGUCCCGUCGCCAUUAACCAAUAAGUCGACACCAACGAAUCCAAGGUUGUUACCUCAAGGUAGCGGUGGCCUGGUGAUUGGUAGGACAAGUGCCCUGUUGCAGGGUAGUUCAACUCCUGCUGCUAGGCCAUCCAACUCGAUUUUAGGUGCUGAGCCUGUUGCACAACCUUCUAUUUCUGCCAAACCUGCUCCGGUGGCUGCUGUGUCUCCACCACCUACUCAGGCAGACAGAUUUAAUCCAGAUGUUCUACUAAGAAAAACACAGGCACUGUUGGAGGAAUAUUUCAGCAUUAGACUGCUGGAUGAAGCAUUGCAGUGCGUGGAGGAACUAAAAUCUCCAGCAUACCAUCCUGAGGUUGUUAAAGAAGCAAUCUUGAUUGCAUUAGAGAAAAGCCCACCUUGUGUUGAGCCAGCUUCACAGCUUCUGGAAUACUUGUUUACAAAGAAAGUUCUCACGGCUAGAGACAUUGGCGCUGGAUGCCUGCUCUAUGGUGCCUUGUUGGACGAUGUUGGCAUUGACUUACCAAAAGCACCAAAUAAUUUUGGAGAAAUAAUUGGGAAACUUGUUUUGGCUGGGGGUUUAGAUUUCAGGGCGGUGAAGGAAAUUCUCAAGAAGAUUGAAGAUGACUUCUACCAGAAAGCUGUAUUUGAUGCAAUAAUAAGAAUUGUUAGCUCAAAUCCUUCGGGGAAAGUGCUGUUGGAUGCACAGGCAACCGACGUUGAGGCCUGUAAGAGUCUAUCCUAGAUUUUGGAUUCUACUUUUAGUUACUAUAUCCGUCCGUCCAUCCGUGCACACGGACUGGUGCUUUUUUAGCAUCACUCACCGGUUUCCCCCCUUUUUGAGGCGAGAAACCAUCCAAUGACGGGUAGAUUUUCAUUGAGUUGUAUAUUUUUCUCCGGGUUUGCCAAGAUGUGUUUUAUUAAGGGGAAAAAUCGUAAGUGUUAUGUAUUUUGCCCUUUGGCUAAUACAUGUUCCCGGGGGGGGGGGGGAAUGCUCACCCUUCCUAAAAGAGGAUCCAGUUGUUUGCUACUUUACAGUUUUUUUUACCGAGUUAUUUAUUUAGUUUGUUUUGGAACUUUGUUGUCUCAUUAAUCUUCAGUUUUUAUAUAACAAUCUCUUGUAUUUUAUUUUUAUG